AUGAACCGUGAGCAGGGUGACAUCGGGGAGUGCCUGAAUUCCAGCACGAAUCCUUCGGGCGAUGCUCCAGCCACCUCCCGAGCGCCAACACUUCCGCUGCCUCAGAAACGCCGCUCCUCGUCUCCCAAGAAAGAGGACUUUGACCUUUGGCGCGCUGUCAUGUCCUGGUCGAGCGACCAGAUCAACCGCGCGCAGCCGUGGAAGGAUUUCGCUGACACCGCGAAAUUUUCGAUUCCGAAGUCGGCCCAGGAGAUCGCGGACAGGAUCCAAUUGAACGUGGGCCGCUUCCACAGAAACUACGGCGUUCUCUUCGUCGUCAUCCUGGCGGGCUACGUCAUGUCCAGCGUGGAACUCGUGGUGAGCGUCGCGGUGGUAGCUGCAGUGUUCGCCGCGCUCAAGCUUCAUCAGGACGACGAGUCUGCAGCCGUGUGGGGUACUAAGCUGGUGCUCAGCAAGAACCACAGGCUGGUCAUGGCCGCAUUGGUGGCGGUGCCUCUUCUCUACGUCGCAGACAUCUGGUCCGCCGUCCUGUGGUCCAUUGGUGCCAUCGUGCCGAUUGGUGUUGUCCAUGCCACCCUAUAUACUUGCCCUGGCUCCCCAAACAAGUUUACCAGAAAGCUGCCGGACACUUCCGAAGGAGGUGAUAUCAUGGGUGACCUUUGA